AUGACUCAACCGCCCCAGGAGGGCUUCGACAGGAGCGUGGAGGAGGCCCGGCAGUGGAUGAAGGCUGUGCAGGAGCGGCUGCAGGUCAACGACAACACCCAGGGGCCCCGGGCAGCCCUGGAGGCCAGGCUGCGGGAGACCGAGAAAAUAUGCCAGCUGGAGCCGGAGGGGCGCGUGAAGGUGGACGUCGUGCUGCGGGCGGCGGAGGGCCUCCUGGCGUGUUGCCGUGACGGCCAGAAGCCCGAGAUCCUGGCCCAGCUGAAGGACAUCAAAGCCCAGUGGGAGGAGACGGUCACCUACAUGACCCACUGUCACAGGGAGGAGCCCGGACCGCCCGAGCUGCUGUGGGUCUGGCUGAGAAAGUGGAAGGCAGCAGUGAGUGGGCAGUGUGGAGACCCUGGAGGCGGGAGCACAUUGCUUCCAGAGGUUUCUAGGAGGCAGCGACCAGCUCGCAGGGCAGGAGAGCGGGGGAUCCAGAGUGCCUUGAAGGCCAAGGCACAGGACAGAGUGGGCCUGCUGGAGCAGGUGACCCGGGAGCACGAGCAUUUCCAGGCAGGCGUGGACGAGUUCCAGCUGUGGCUGAAGGCGGUGGUGGAGAAGGUGAGCAGCUGCCUGGGACGGAACUGCAAACUGACCACCGAGGGCCGUCUCUGCGCGCUGCAGGACAUCGCUGGCGACUUUCCCCGGGGUAAGGAAUCUUUGAGGAGGCUGGAGGAGCAGGCUGUGGGCGUCAUCCAGAACACCUCUCCUCUGGGCGCGGAGAAGAUCACCGAGGAGCUGGAGGAGAUGCAGAAAGUUCUGGACAAGCUGCGAGCCCUCUGGGAGGAGGAGGAGGAGCGGCUGCAGGGCCUGCUCAAGUCCAUGGGAGCCUGUGAGCAGCAGAGGCGGCAGCUAGAGGCCGAGCUGGGAGAGUUCAGGAAGGACCUUCAGAGGCUGGCCGAGGAGGGUCUGGAGCCCGUGGCGAAGGCGGGGACCGAGGACGAGCUGGUGGCCCGCUGGAGACUCUACUCGCUCCUCUUGGUGAGGUUUUCCGUGCUGGCCAUCUAUGACCGGGUGCUGGACAUCGCCUGGGGUUCUCCGGCCACGAAGCCGGGCUGCAAGUCUGUCUGGGCACUGGCUGGCGCCCGCAUGAAGGGGCAGAGCGCCAGGCUGCGCAAUGCCACGGGGGCGGAGCUGUGGCAGCGUUUCCAGAGGCCUCUACAGGACCUGCAGCUGUGGACGGCCCUGGCCCAGAGCCUCCUGGACAUCACCGCCAGCCUGCCGGACCUGCCCUCCAUUCACACCUUCCUGCCCCAGGUCGAGGCGGCCCUGGCAGAAAGCUCGCGCUUGAAGGAGCAGCUGAUGAUGCUACAGCUGAAGAAAGACCUGCUGAGGAGCGUCUUCGGCCAGGACAAAGCCACGGCCCUCCUGGAGCAGGUGGCGAGCUCCGUGCGGGACAGAGACUUGCUGCACAACGGCCUCCUGCAGAGGAAAAGCAAGCUGCAGAGCCUGCUGGCUCAGCACCAAGAUUUUGGGGCUGCUUUCGAGCCCCUACAGAAGAAGCUGUCGGACCUCCAAGGCAGGGUCCGAGCUGAGAACGGGCUUCAGCAGGACCUUCCUAGGAAACAGACCCAGCUCUCCAGGUUGCAGGGGCUGCAGGAAGAGGGGCUGGACCUUGGGGCACAGAUGGAGGCCGUGAGGCCUCUCGUCCAGGGGAACCCCACCCACCAGCACAAAAUGGAGCAGCUUUCUGCCGACUACCAGGCCCUGCAGAGGUCUCUGGAGGACCUCAUGGACAGGUGUCAGCAGAGCGUGCGGGAACAUUGCACCUUCAGCCACCAGCUGCUGGAGCUGAGACAGUGGAUCGCCGUGGUCACCCAGAAGCUGGAGUCACACCAGGAGAGGCUGCUGGCUGAAUUCCCGGAGAAGGAGGCCCAGCUGCCCCUGGUCGAAGCCUAUGGCCGGCUGGUGAUGAAGAAGUCUUCUCCGGAAGGGGCUGCUCUGGUCCAGGAGGAGCUGGAGGAAUUGGUGGAAUCGUGGCAGGCUCUGAAGCUGCUGGAGGAAAGCCUGCUGAGACCUUCCUCCCUCUCCAGGCUCCAGGCCCCUCUCGUCACCUUUGGGCAUCCUCAGCCCUACCUUCUGCCUCAGAGGGAAGCCACAGGAUGCGUGGCCAGUAGGCUGAUUUCCCCUCUGAUGGGUCGGUCGUGCUGUGUAUUCCUGCAGGCAAAUCUGCUCCGGGAAGAAGGCAGCCGGGAAGGUUACUCCCAGCUCCUGAGGGACUUUGAGCAGUGGUUGGAGGUGGAAAACGCCAAGCUGGUUAGCAUCAUCGCGAUGAGAAUGGCCGCAGCCAGGGAUCUGAGGGCCAGGGAAACGAAGCUACAGGAGCUGCAGGCUCGGGUGCCAGAAGGUCAGCGUCUCUUCGAGAACCUCCUUCAUGUCGGGCCAGCGAGGGGGUCCUCGGACGAGCUCGAGGACCUGCGUUACCGGUGGAUGCUGUACAAGUCCAAGCUCAAGGACUCCGGCCACCUGCUGACACAGAGUUCUCCAGGGGAGCCGACUGGAUUCCAAAAGGCUCCGCGGUGGCGAGGACUCAGGCCCCUCUUCUGGAAGGUGUGCUGUGUGGCUCUCCCCCUGCAGCUGCUGUUCCUGCUGUUCCUGCUGCUGGUGUUCCUGCUUCCGGUCGGAGAAGAGAACCGCAGCUGCACGCUGGCCAACAACUUCGCCCGCUCCUUCAAGUUCAUGCUGCGCUACGAUGGCCCCCCGCCCACCUAA